AUGCCUUUGAGCGCGUGGAAUUGUCUUGACGCCACAGUCGCCGUCUUUGCGCUCUUUCUGCUUAGGGAGCUCUACACAAGGACUUCAAUGCUGCCAUUUCCCCCUGGACCGAAGCCAUGGCCGCUCAUCGGUAAUUUGCUUGAUAUGCCUUCGUCCUCUCCCUGGAUCACCUUUGCUGCCUGGAAGAAGCAAUACGGCGAGUCGCACAUGAACGGUCCAAUCUCAUCGAUCAGCAUCUUCGGCCAACCUAUCGUCUUCCUCAACUCCCCACACGAAGCCAUCGAACUGCUGGAUAAGAAAAGCAGCAUAUACUCAAACCGUCCUGUACUACCCAUGGUGGGCGAGCUCGUCGGACACAAGAACUCCAUGUCUCUCUUGCAGUACGGCGAUCGGUAUCGUCGCUACCGCACCAUGAUGCACCAGUUCAUGGGCACUCGCGCAGCAGCGAGGCGUCAUGCUGCUACAAUCGAGCACGAGACGAAGCGCUUCAUAGCUAACGUGUUCCAUUCUCCCGAGAAGUUGAACGAGCACGUCCGACUAGAAAUAGGUGCCAUCAUCCUUAAACUUGGCUACGGAUACGACGCCAAAGGGGCCGACGAUAGUCUCAUCAAGCUCGUGGAGCAGGUGCUGGUGGAGUUUGCUUACGCCGCGACUCCCGGUGCUUUCUUGGUCGAUAUCAUUCCUUGGUUGCGGUAUGUCCCGGCGUGGUUCCCCGGCACACGAUGGAAGCGACUCGCCGAUCAGUAUCGCCAGAACGUGAUGGACUACCUGGAGAGACCCUGGGCGUACGCCAAAGAGCAGAUGGAGCUGGGUAUUGCUCAACCGUCUUACUGUCUUAUGAACAUUGAGAAGUACGGCGGUGACGCUCUUCAGGAAGAUAUAAUCAAAUGGUCUGCCUCAACGCUGUAUGGCGGUGGGUCUCCUUGUCCUACCUCCUUUCGUACCGUCUCUUCCAUCUAUGCGUUUUACCUCGCGAUGACCCUCCGCCCCGAUGUUCAGCGUAAAGCCCAAGCAGAGAUCGACGCCGCCGUUGGACCGGACCGCCUGCCUACUGCCGACGAUCUCCCAUCUUUACCGUAUAUCGAAGCUCUAUCCAAGGAAACCCUGCGUUGGUUUCCUGUCGCACCCCUCGGGCUCCCCCAUUGCACAACAGAGGACGACGUAUACAACGGGUUCUUCAUUCCGAAGGGCUCGAUCGUCCAGGCGAACCUAUGGGCCAUGCUCCGCGACGAAGACGUGUACCCCGAUCCAUCAGCCUUCGCACCCGAACGUUUUCUCGGUGCGACCCCCCAGACGGACCCGCGCACUAUCUGUUUCGGGUACGGCAGGCGCAUCUGUCCUGGCAUGCACGUUGCGGAGCUAUCGCUGAGCUUAGCCAUCGCUAUGACCUUGUCUGUAUUUGACAUCGCACCGGUGGUAGGGGAGAACGGGAAGGAGGUGUUGCCCAAGAUUGGGGUCAUACCAGGCAUAAUCAGCCAUCCCGCUCCGUUCAAGUGUCAGAUCAAGCCUCGGUCAGCUAGUGCCGAGAGGAUUCUAGACCACUUGGCGAGUUGUUUGUGA